GAUGUUGAUCGUCAAGCUACCAUCCGCGCCCUUCUAUCCUCCGAGAAAAGCUUCGUCAAGUCCGCACGCUCGGUUAUCCGUUCCCACUUCCUCCCGUUGCGCACCCGAGACUCGCGCGCGUGGUUGUCUGGCCUCCCUCACGCCAUCACCCGCUUCUUCGACUGGCUCGAAGACAUCGCCAACAUUCACACCACGCUCGUGCGCUCCCUCACUGCCGCCGUCGCCGCAGAUCGCAUUACAAACGAGAGCCUCCAUGCGCUCCGUGCCUUCGUCGCGCAGCUUGAGGUGUAUACACCAUACCUGGUCAAGCUCGACAGCACGCGCGAGACGCUGCGCUGGCACGCGAACCAAGACGAGGGGGACUUCGGGGAGUACCUGCGACUCAAAGCACGCGAGCGCGCGCCUACUGAAUGGACCCUCGAGCAAUUCGUCGACGAGCCCGCCCGCCGGCUCCGCGAGUACCUGGCCCUGUUCGAGGUGCGU